AUGCCGAGCCUCCCGGCCCCGCCGGCCCCGCUGCUGCUCCUCGGGCUCCUGCUGCUCGGUCCCCGGCCGGCCCGCGGCGCCGGCCCCGAGCCGCCCGCGCUGCCCAUCCGGCCCGAGAAGGAGCCGCUGCCCAUUCGGGGAGCGGCAGGCUGCUCCUUCGGCGGGAAGGUCUAUGCCUUGGACGAGACGUGGCACCCGGACCUGGGGGAGCCCUUCGGGGUGAUGCGCUGCGUGCUGUGCGCCUGCGAGACGCCCCAGUGGGGUCGCCGCGGGAGGGGCCCGGGCAAGGUCAGCUGCAAGAACAUUAAACCCGAGUGCCCAGCCCUGAGCUGCGGGCAGCCGCGCCAGCUGCCGGGCCACUGCUGCCAGACCUGCCCGCCGGAGCGCAGCGGCCCGGAGAAGCAGCCCCCCGGCCUGGCCUUCGAGUAUCCGCGGGACCCGGAGCACCGCAGCUACAGCGACCGCGGGGAGCCGGGCGCCGAGGACCGGGCGCGUGGGGACGGCCACACGGACUUCGUGGCGCUGCUGACGGGGCCGAGGUCGCAGGCCGUGGCCAGGGCCCGGGUGGUACUGCUGCGCUCUAGUCUGCGUUUCUCCAUCUCCUACCGGCAGCUGGACCGUCCAACCCGAAUCCGCUUCUCAGACUCCACUGGCAGCGUCCUGUUUGAACACCCUGCAGCCCCGACCCAAGAUGGCUUGGUGUGUGGGGUGUGGCGAGCAGUGCCUCGGUUGUCUCUGCGGCUCCUCAGGGCAGAGCAGCUACACGUGGCACUUGUGACACCCGCUCAUCCUUCAGGCGAGGUCUGGGGGCCCCUCAUCCGGCACCGGGCUCUGGCUGCAGAGACCUUCAGUGCCAUCCUGACCCUGGAAGGCACCCCACAACAGGGCAUAGGGGGCAUCACCCUACUCACUCUCAGUGACACAGAGGACUCCUUGCAUUUUUUGCUGCUCUUCCGUGGGCUGCUGGAAUCCAGGAGUGGGGGACCGGCCCAGGUUCCCUUGCGGCUCCAGAUUCUACACCAGGGGCAGCUGCUGCGAGAGCUCCAGGCCAAUGCCUCAGCCCAGGACCCGGGCUUCGCUGAGGUGCUGCCUAACCUGACAGCCCAGGAGAUGGACUGGCUGGUGCUGGGGAAGCUGCAGAUAGCCCUGGAGAGGGCGGGUAGCCCAGGGUUGCGUAUCAGUGGACACAUUGCUGCCAGGCAGAGCUGCGAUGUCCUGCAAAGUGUCCUUUGUGGGGCCGAUGCCCUGACCCCAGUUCAGACAGGUGCCGCUGGCUCAGCCAGCCUUACACUGCUAGGAAACGGCUCCCUAAUCUACCAGGUGCAAGUGGUAGGUACAGGCAGUGAGGUGGUGGCCAUGACGCUGGAGACGAAGCCUCAGCGGAGGGACCAGCGCACGGUCCUGUGCCACAUGGCUGGACUCCAGGCGGGAGGACACACAGCCAUGGGCGUCUGCCCUGGGCUGGGUGCCCGAGGGACUCAUAUGCUGCUGCAGAAUGAGCUGUUCCUGAACGUGGCCACCAAGGACUUCCCAGAUGGAGAGCUGCGGGGGCAUGUGGCCGCCCUGCCCUACAGCGGGCACAGCGCCCGCCAUGACACACUGCCCGUGCCCCUGGCAGGAGCCCUGGUGUUGCCCCCUGUGCAGAGUCAGGCUGCAGGGCAUGCCUGGCUCUCCCUGGAUACCCACUGUCACCUGCACUAUGAAGUGCUGCUGGCUGGGCUUGGUGGCUCAGAACAGGGCACUGUCACUGCCCACCUCCUCGGUCCACCUGGGAUGCCAGGGCCCCGGCGGCUGCUGAAGGGAUUCUAUGGCCCAGAGGCCCAGGGCGUGGUGAAGGACCUGGAGCCUGAGCUGCUGCUGCACCUGGCACAGGGCACUGCGUCCCUGCUGAUCUCCACCAAGGGGAGCCCCCAAGGGGAGCUUCGAGGGCAGGUGCACCUCGCCAACCAAUGCGAGGUGGGCGGCCUGCGCCUGGCGGAGGCAGGGGCGGAGGAGGCCCGGAAGCCUGGGGCUCCUGAGGCAGUGGGCGCAGCUGCACUGCCCAUGCUGCCCGCUGUGCUUGGCCCUGAUGCCCCAGCGCCAGUCAAACCUGGCAGCCCCUGGAGAGCCCGAGACCCCAACACUUGCUUCUUCGAGGGACAGCAGCGCCCCCAUGGGGCUCGCUGGGCACCUAACUACGACCCACUCUGCUCACUCUGCACCUGCCAGAGGCGGACAGUGAUUUGUGACCCUGUGGUGUGCCCGCUGCUCAGCUGCCCGAGUCCAGUGCAGGUGCCGGACCAGUGCUGCCCUGUGUGCCCCGAGAAACAAGAUGUCAGAGACCUGCCCGGGCUGCCGAGGAGCAGGGACCCCGGAGAGGGCUGCUAUUUUGAUGGUGACCGGAGCUGGCGGGCAGCGGGUACCCGGUGGCACCCCGUCGUUCCCCCUUUUGGCUUAAUUAAGUGCGCCGUCUGCACCUGCAAGGGGGACACGGGAGAGGUGCACUGUGAGAAGGUGCAGUGUCCCCGGCUGGCCUGUGCCCAGCCUGUCCGCGCCAACCCCACUGACUGCUGCAAACAGUGUCCAGUGGGGUCAGGAACCCACCUCCAACUGGGGGACCCCAUGCAGGCCGAUGGGCCCCGGGGCUGCCGGUUUGCAGGGCAGUGGUUUCCGGAGAGCCAGAGCUGGCACCCCUCAGUGCCCCCCUUUGGGGAGAUGAGCUGUAUCACCUGCAGAUGUGGGGCAGGGGUGCCCCACUGUGAGCGAGAUGACUGUUCGCUGCCACUGUCCUGCGGCUCAGGGAAGGAGAGUCGCUGCUGCUCCCACUGCACGCCCCGCCGAGCAGCCCCAGAGACCAGGACAGCUCCAGAGCUGAAGAAAGAAGCCCCGGGCUCCUAGGGAGCAGCGGGAAGGCCCAUGACCAAGAGGAUGGGGCCUGGGCUGGGAGAAGGAGUGGCGCCGAGGACCCUGCCUCCUCCUGCGGGAAACCCAGUGCCUUUGGCUCCUCUUUUCUGCCUCUUCUCCCUCCCCCACUACCUCUGGGACCACAGCUCCACAAGGGGGAGGGGCUGUCAGGGCAGACCACGGCCAUGUCCACUCCAGCUCCUGCCCUGUCACCCUCUGGCCUCUGCCUUGGAAGCCCAACCCCUUUCCUUCUGUACAUAAUGUCACUGGCUUGUUGGGAUUUUUAAUUUAUCCUCACUCAGCACCAAGGGUCCCCCCCCUACUUCACUCCUGCUGCCCCUGA